CUGGAUAAGCAGGUGAAAGCGGUUGCUAAGCAACCGCGCUGCGUUCUAAAAAACAACAUGGCGGAAAGACCGAGACCCGCGUCUCAGGGGGCCAAAAAACCUCCAGGCUCAGGUUCUCAGAGACCUCUAGCUGCAACAAGAUCUGCAAACCGUCCUGCUUCUGCUCCAACAAAGAAGCCGCCUCCGAUAGACCUGCUGGCUAAAGAAAAGGAAUACAAGAGACUUAAUGAAGAACUGGAAGCCAAAACAGCCGAGCUGGUGCGCCAGGCCGAGGAAGUUAUGCGAGAACAAAACGAGGUGCUGUCAAAGCCUAUACCAACCCACCUGAGCCUGGAUAUUGCAGACGACUCUGAGGAAUUCUGGGAAGCUGUCGUGCCCUCAGUGACAAAAUCAAAAUCUACAGCCAAGGUAAAGGCAGAACGUCCAUUUGAUGAUUUUGCAGCAACAGAAAAGAAAUCUUUAAAAGCUGGAAAGCCGAACAGAUCUUUGUCAACUCCAAGAAAGACAGCACAAAAAAAGCAAGUGACGGUUGCGGAUGACGUUGCCAUGCCAGCGGAUUUUACAGACUUUUCUCUUACCAAGACUAUACGCAAAAUAGAAGGCAGAGUAAAUGAUGAGGACACAGCGGAGCAACUGGAGGACGAUAUCGUACCGAGUGCCGGUGAAGAGAUGAGUGCAGAGGCCCAGAUUCGCUUCAUGAAAGCCAAACUACGAGUGAUGCAGGAAGAUUUAAACAGACUCUCACAGGAAUGCAACAAGAAGGACGAGGAGAAUGCAGUGUUGAGCAGUAAGCUGAAAGAGGUGGAGGAAGAUCGAGUCAGACUGCAGAGGACCACCAACAUGCAGCAGAUGCAGUUAGAGAAACACAGAGCCCUGGCUGAAGACGCUAACGGGAAUUGCGAAGCUCUGCGCCAUCAAGUCAGCGUGUUACAAAAGGAAGUGGAGGGAAUGAAAAGAACUCAGAAGCAGGCGUCCAGCAGCCACAAUGCCACAGAAGUGAGACUGAACCGAGCUCUGGAGGAGGCUGAGAGGUGCAAAGCUGAACUCAACAAGCUCAAACAGAGCAGCAAGGACUCUGUAAAUCAGGAACAGCAGAAGAUUGAAGCUUUACAUGCUGAGAAGAUAAAGCUGGAGAAACAAAAAGCUGAACUCAUCACUGGCUUUAAAAAGCAGCUUAAGCUUAUUGAUAUUUUAAAAAAGCAAAAGAUGCAUUUUGAGGCAGCGAGGAUGAUGUCUUUUACCGAGGAGGAGUUUAUGAAGGCUCUUGACUGGGGCAAAUCGUAACGCGUACACACUGAUGUGCAUUUCAGUAAAAUGUCCUCAUCUGAGCUUUCAUGAGCUGUUUUCUUUUUGUCUGAACUGUACAGAAAGCUUUCUAUUCUUGGUCAUUAUUAUAUUGUUGUAUCUGGUUGAUUUAUUGUGGCUUUAUUAAAAUUACUGUUUUUGGUAAUGUUUAAAAAGGUUUUAUUUUUUAUUGCUUUAUUUGGAAGAAAAUUUCCUAUACAGGAUUCUUGAGCAGGUCUGAAAAAGCAUGCAAUUUAAAGGCAGUCCCUGGAUUUA